AGCCAGAGCAGCUCUUAGUCAGUGACUAGAGAUUGACAAUCAGAUUAGUUGGAGCGGGAGGAACUAAAGAUAUAUAUUCCCCACAAGGUGGAGUCUCGGCAGUUCUUUGAACUUCUCAAUCCUAUGGUCUGGACUAUAAAGCUGCAUAGAAAUCUUGAGAGGUUUCUCCAGGGGUUGUGGAAACAGAGGCCUCCAUUGAAAUCCCAUCUGAGAACAUCUGUGAUGGAGGCUUCACCUCUUGAGCUUCCCUCUGACACAGUACAACGCAUCGCAGCUGAGCUCAGAUGUCAACCGACAGAUGAACGGGUGGCUCUUCGCCUAGAUGAGGAAGAUAAGCUGAGGCAUUUCAGGGAGUGUUUUUAUAUUCCCAAAAUGCAGGAUCUACCUCCAAUUGAUUUAUCUUUAGUGAAUAAAGAAGAAAAUGCCAUUUAUUUCUUGGGAAAUUCUCUUGGACUUCAACCAAAAAUGGUUAAAACAUUUCUUGAAGAAGAGCUUGAUAAAUGGGCCAAAAUGGGAGGUUAUGGGCAUGAAGUAGGAAAACGCCCUUGGAUUACAGGUGAUGAGAGCAUUUUAGGCCUUAUGAAGGACAUCGUAGGAGCCAAGGAGAAAGAAAUAGCCCUAAUGAAUGCUUUGACCGUUAAUUUACAUCUCCUACUUUUAUCAUUUUUUAAGCCUACUCCAAAACGGCAUAAAAUUCUUCUAGAAGCCAAAGCCUUCCCUUCUGAUCAUUAUGCCAUAGAGUCACAGCUUCAACUUCAUGGACUUAAUGUUGAAAGAAGUAUGCGGAUGAUAAAGCCACGAGAGGGAGAAGAAAUAUUAAGAAUGGAGGAUAUUCUUAAAGUAAUUGAGAAGGAAGGAGACUCUAUUGCGGUGAUACUGUUCAGCGGGGUGCAUUUUUAUACUGGACAGCUCUUUGAUAUGCCUGCCAUUACAAAAGCUGGACAAGCAAAGGGUUGUUUUGUUGGCUUUGAUCUGGCACAUGCAGUUGGAAAUGUUGAACUCCACUUACAUGACUGGGGAGUCGAUUUUGCCUGCUGGUGUUCCUACAAGUAUUUAAAUUCAGGAGCAGGAGGUCUUGCUGGUGCCUUUGUCCAUGAAAAGCACGCCCACACAAUAAAACCUACGUUAGUGGGAUGGUUUGGCCAUGACCUCAGCACCAGAUUUAAAAUGGAUAACAAACUUCAGUUAAUCCCUGGUGUCAAUGGAUUCCGUAUUUCCAAUCCUCCCAUUCUUCUGGUCUGUUUGUUGCACGCUAGUUUGGAGAUCUUUAGGCAAGCGACUAUAAAAGCAUUGAGGAGAAAAUCCAUUUUGCUAACUGGCUAUCUGGAAUAUAUGAUCAAGCUUUACUUUAGCAAAGAUAUAGGAGGAACCAAGCAACCAAUUGUGAACAUAAUUACUCCAUCCAGUAUAGAGGAUCGGGGCUGCCAAUUGACAUUAACAUUUUCUAUUCCCAAGAAAAAUAUUUUUGAAGAACUAGAAAAAAGAGGAGUUGUUUGUGACAAGCGAGAACCAGAUGGGAUUCGAGUGGCUCCAGUUCCUCUCUACAAUUCUUUUCAUGAUGUUUAUAAAUUCAUCAAUUUGCUUGCAUCUGUAUUUGAUGCUGUAGAAACAAAAAAGUAUCAAUGUUCUUAAGAUUAACAUGCAGAUUUACUGAAAGAUGUCAUAUUUUACUAUUAUUCAAUUUUACUUUUAAAAAUAUUUCAAAAUUUAUUUCAUGUAACUGGCAACAAAUCACAUGCUUUACAGAAAAAAAUUUGAUGUCAUUUUUUAAAAAAUCUGUGUCCUUCUGAAAUCUAUAUGGUUGUCCUGUUUCUUCAAAUUUGAGGAAUCAAAGACUACAUGUAUCACACCAUUAGGAACACAGUCUUAAUUAGCCAUUACAUUUCAUGGUUAUUGAAAUGUUUUCUGUUAGUUUAAUUUAUAAUUUGACUGACAACUGCAAAUUCUUAUGGAAUUUUUGUGUCAGUAUUGGAAAUAUUUUAGUUUUAAUUUACCAAAGAGUAUAUUUUAGGAAUCAAGAUUAAACAGUCUGCUAUAUGUAUGAUUUUGCAAUGUUCUAUCCAAUUCCAGCAAAGAAAAUACAUUUUACUGGGCAAUAGCUUUCAAUUAUUUUCAGCUACACUGUACACUAAGAUAUAUAUUUAAUAUCAGACACCAAUAUUUAUGAUGUUUCUCUUAUUUUAUUGAUUCUAAAACAUUUUGUCAUGUUGAACAUAUCUGAAAGAGGACAUAUCUUUUUAUUUUCAAAAAGUAACUUCCUGAAAUCACCAUUAGCCCUGCUUUUAUGAUCUCACAAUGAAUAUGCAAUAUCAUGGAUUUUAUUUAGAAAAUGGCAUAUGUAAUAAAAGUUUCAUAAAUUA